GGAGAAAGUAAAUAGAAGUUCACCCAGCUCUCACCUAUCUCUAUCAAGAUAAUUCUAGAGGAUUCUUUAUUUCCAUUUGUUCAAGCCCUUCCUAGACAGAACUGAACAUCCAUGUCGAGACUUGCAGAAAUCACCGCAUUUUCAAAAUAGCAUCAAAAGAAACACAACCGAAAACAAAAUACAGGAGGGGGUUUCAAAAAGGGGGAUAAAACAAAUUUGCCCAAAUUUCAACACCCCAAAAAGAAAACCAACCAUGGCACCAAGCCAACUCAGCAUCGCAACUGGCUCCGUCUCCCGGCUCGUCAAGGAGGAGAGCUACUACCGCAAGGAGCUCGCGCAGCAAAAGGAGAAACUCGCCCAGGAGAAGCAGUCACUGGGCCCAGACGCGGAUUACAAUGACAACUUCAUGAUUAAGCAGAUGGAAACGGCUAUACAAGAGACUGAGAGAGUCUUUGCACCGCUGCGGGUCAAGAUCGAUGAGGCUGUGCGGAAGCUUGAGGAGCAGCUCGCGCUGAGCGAGAGCAAUGAGCACACGUCCGAGGAGGACCUGAAGAAAGCCAACGAGGCUCUCGAGUCGGCAAAGACGCUGCAGACGCUGCAGAAUGGGGCUGAGGUUGCCGAGUGAAGAGUGUUUUUGGGAGGGAGUCGAGCAUGACAUGCUUUUUUUUUUAUUUUUUUUUAUUUUUUUUUUAAUCAAGGGGCAACUACAAAGAAUGUUAAUAGCUG